AUGGCUCGCACUACGAGGGCUGGUCAUCAGCGCACUCAGACUGCUCAACAGCAAGCCCCGAGCACUACACUUGCUGCUGCUGAUAGUGCACAGGCUCCAUUGACAACCGUAGCACCAUCCAAUAGUGCUCCGGGCGCUGCCAUCCAAGUUGCUGCUGUACAAGUCACUACGGUGCAGACUGCCACCCCUCAAACAGUCGGUGCACAGAACAACCAGUCUGUACAGACCGCCACGCGCCGGGGUCGGACUAUCAGAGGUCCCCAGUCUGCAUUGACAGAUUUCUUAGCCAGCCACAACAUCGAUGCCACGCAGAUUCGUCUUGAUUACGCACGUCGCAGAGAUGAAGUUAAUGCACAAGGCCAACAAGAUAAUGUUGAUGCUGGUGAGGGCCCAUCAAACUCCAAUGCCAAUGGUGCUGGUGGUGAAGAUGGCGAAGGUGCAGAUGAGCUGGCCCGCAAGCGCAAACUGGAUCAGCAGAAGGCCAUUGAUAAGAUCAAAUCUUCUAAGCGUUUCCAAAAACGCAAGAAGCGUCUGGCGGACUCUGACGAAGAAGCUGAUCUGCUCGAGGAGCUGAUGAGGGCCAGUGCACCACAGCCUGGUCAGUUAGCAAACUGCGAAAUGUGUCAAGUCAGGUUUACGGUCACACCCUACACGCGCGAGACACCUUCUGGUGGUCUCCUGUGCACACCCUGCGGCAAGAAACUCGAGAAGGAGGAGGAGGGCCCAGCCAAGAAGAAGAAGAAGCCAGCUCCUGGUGGGCCGGUCGGCCGUCGCCGCAAGAACCAAAGCAACAUGCUUGACGGCACCUAUGUCAUCGGCGCCAAGAGUCUCAUGAGUCUCUGCAUCGAGACUCUCGCGAAGAACAUUGAUCUAGCAGAUGACCUAGGCGAGUUGCCGCCCCGUAUGGUCGACAAAAUUUCUCGCCUGCUCUCCAAGAAGCGGCUGAUGGACCAAAAUACCCUCAACCUCUUUAUCCAACCAACAGCUCGUGAGGUUACUGUCUACGACGCCACCAAACUGAGCUCAGAUGACAUGAUCCGGAUAUUUCAGGUCGUGCCCAAUAUGAGAAGUUUGAAACUAAAAAAUGCCAUUCAGUUUAAGGAUGAGGUCCUGGAGUACGCUCUCUCACGGGACCAGCUCAAGCUCCAGGCACUGCACGUCCACGGCGCCAAUCUCCUGAGCAAUGAUAUGUGGAAGAGAUACUUGACCACAAAGGGUCAGUCUCUACAUACACUGCAGGUCUACUACACGGACAAGCAUUUCGACGAUGAAUGUUUGGCUGUGCUCAAGGACGCGACUCCGUCGCUGAAACGGAUCAAGGUCUACCAUAACCAGGCGGUCAGCGGAGAUGGGGUCCGAGAAGUGGGCCACCUCAAGAACUUGCAACACCUGAGCAUCAACCUCCACAAGAACGUACACCCCGACAUCUGGGUCGACGUACUCGGCAAAAUUGGUGGCGGACUCAAGACCCUCUCCUUGCGCGUGGCACCGGAGCUUGACAAUACAGUUCUCGAUGCUAUCCACACCAACUGUCGCACACUGUCGAAGCUGCGCAUCACUGAUAGUGAGGUUAUGACCGAUGCCGGCUUUACUCGUCUCUUCACCGGUUGGAACAACCCUGGCCUUAUUUUCCUUGACCUACAAAAGUGUCGACAACUCGACUCCUCACAUCCUCGCCAGAACCCGGAUGGCAUAGGUUUGUGUUCCGAUGGUUUCAAAGCCCUCAUGGCCCACUCUGGUCGUUCCCUGCGCAGCUUGAACAUUCAUGCGUGCCGACACAUCUCAAGCCAGGCCUUUGAGGAAGUUUUCGACCCUAGAAAUACAUACCCCGCACUCCAGGAACUCGAGCUCAGCUUCUGUGAGGAGGUUACGGACUUUGUCGUCGGCAGUAUUUUCCGCAGCUGUCCGAAUUUGAAAGAGCUGAAUGUUUUUGGUUGCAUGAGGCUCAAGGAUGUGCGUGUGCCCAGGGGCAAAAUCCUUGUUGGCAUGCCCAACGCCCUCGGCAUGGUCAUCGAGGGACAGGAUUGA